AUGUCCAACUGGGCCAAACAACCGCAGGAUGUUUAUACAGGGUUCGACGAUAAGUCACAGGUUAUGGACUUCCAAACGUUCAACCCGAACGAAACUGUCUACUGGAAUGAUUCUCUACAAUCGGACGAAGCGUACAAGCCGCUAUCCGAUACGACUUCCCACGAUCCAUACGGCAUGAUGCAGCCCCAGACGCAGUACGGCCCAACGCCGUCAAUAUUCACUCCCAAUUAUGAAAACGAUAAUGGUGUUGCAUCCGGCCCUGGCAUGGAGAUCGAAGCCACCGAAUUCGACGAACCACCGCUAUUGGAAGAGCUGGAAAUCUAUCCACAGCGUAUCAUGGAGAAAGCGAAGGCGGUACUAAAUCCCUUCCAGAACGUAGGAACGAUGAUCGACACGCCUGACUAUCUGUUCGAGGAAACCGAUUUGGCCGGCCCAAUCAUGUUCUGUCUAACGCUUGCCGCAUGCUUGUCUAUUUCGGACAGUAAGGCACAGUUCGGUUACAUUUACGGCUUAUCGACAAUAUCCGUGGUCGCUAUGUAUUGUCUCAUCUGGCUCAUGUGCCACACUACCGAAUCACACGUCACCGUGUACGCCGUAGCUAGCGUACUCGGCUACAGUAUGUUACCGGUUGUGUUUCUCGCAUUUUUUGGCUUGUUUGCCCCGCUGAACAACUUUUACGGCAUGGCGUUUGCUGGUUUGUCCAUCCUGCUAGCAACAGUGUAUUCGAGCCGAAUGUUUUGCCUCAUGACGGGUGACCCGCACCAGCGAUACCUGAUUGCAUAUCCGUGCUCGUUGCUGUUUACGAUCUUUUCGAUGCUAGUUUUGUUUUAA